AUGAAUUUACGAGAACCAAAGAAGAAACGACGUGUGAAAUUAAAAGAACAACCACCAUUUCCAAUUGUAUUAGGUGAUCAAUAUAAUUGGGUGACUUAUACUGCGCAUCUUACAGAAUUAGGAUCAUGCAUAAUAGAUGCGAAUGAAAUUGCUGCAGUACAUUCUAUGGGGUAUUUUGGUAAAGGUUCAUUAUCACGUGGUUUUCCUGCAUUUGGAAAAGCGCGAUAUGGAGCACCUCCUGUUAUAAGGAAUAGACAAUGGAUUCGUAGACAAGAAUGGUUGAAACAAUUUAAUGAACUUAGCAUGGAGCCUAAUAGUAGUAAAUAUAUAAAUUCAGAUGAACAGAAAAAUGAAGAAUCUAACAUUGUAAACCUUAAAGGUGAAAAAAAUUCCUCAACGAGUUCAGCAAUAGAAAAUACACCAGACAUAAUUGAGAUAGAUACAAAUUCUACUUUUUUUAAUAAAAACAACAGAAACCAAAAAGUGACUGAUACUGAGAUAGAGAUUAGUCAAAUAAGCCUUGAUACAUCAAAUGGAGAUGAUGUAUAUGUUAUUGUAAAUAAAGACAUUAAUGAACAAUCUUCUGAUUCUAAAAGUAAUGAUAAAGACUGUACUGAUGUGGAAGAGAGAGACUCUAAUUGGUUAGAAGAUCUUAAUUUUAAAGAGGAUGACAUGUGUAUUACUGACAAUACCAGUGUUCAAAGCAAAUUACUUGUCCUGUCCGACAGUGAUUCAGAAACUGAAAAUUAUUUAAAAGAAAUAAACCCUAAGAUUGCAAUUGAAAGUUUUCCAAUUCAAGAAACAUUGCACCUUACGUUCGAAGAAACAUUUUUCCUUUUAUAUGGUUUAGGUUGCUUAAAUCUAAUAGAUUUUGAUGGUAAUUUGUUAGAUAUCGAUAGUGCUUGGCAUCUUUUUUGCAAAGCUGAUAGAACUUUUGUACAGAAAUAUGUUGUAUACCACUAUUUUCGAAGCAAAGGGUGGGUAGUAAAGCCAGGAUUGAAAUAUGGUGGGGACUUUUUGUUAUAUAAACAAGGACCACCAUUUUAUCAUGCAUCAUAUAUUGUAAUAGUGGAUGUUUUAGAAGGAGAUUCAUUAAUUAGAGAUGAAAAUAAAUCUAUGCACAAAUCAACAUGGAACAACAUAUUAGGAUUAGAACGAUUGUCAGAGACUGCUGCAAAGGAAAUACUAUUUGCACAAGUACUGUGGCCAUCUUCAAUGUCACAAACUGCUAGCUCACUUAAUGUGGAUAUUUUAUCAGAAUUUUCUGUGAGAGAACUAUUAUGGAGAAGAUGGAAUCCCAAAAAUAAUAAAGAUGAAGAUAAUGAAGAUUAUGAUUCAUACUAA